AUGGCUGACCAACCAGACUACGAUGCGAUAACUUGGCCUGUCCAACUCACAAGCAAAGUCCAUCGUAGAAACAACCCGUUGCUGGAUCCUAGCAACCCUGCUCUCUCAGCUGUAGGCAAGACAGUUCUCAUCACUGGGGCCACAGGUGGCAUUGGUCGGGCGAUUGCUGAAGCAUGGAGAAUUGCCGGUGCUAAGGCCAUCGUCAUAACCGGAAGGAACCAAAAGAGACUACAAGAGGUUGUUAAGACAUUGGAAGCCAUAGUCCAAGAUGAUACGACCGUACAUUCCUUCGGGCCCAUCGAUAUCACGAAGGAAGAAGAUGUUGCAACGUUAUGGAGGAAAGCAGGAGAAGCAGUUGGCCGAAUCGAUGUCCUCGUCAAUAACGCCGGAUCCUUGACGCAAGCUAUGAUCGGCAAGGGUGAUCCGGGAAAAUGGUGGCAGGAUUUUGUAGGAUUCCUCUCUUUUCCAUAUGCCCCUUUAUGGUUACUGACACCUACCCAGGAAGUCAAUGUCAAAGCCGUACAUCUGAAUGUGCACCACUUCCUCGCCCAAGCACCGGACGGCAAGGGCACAGUAAUUUCUGUCUCGACAGGAACGUUAGGCGACAUGUAUCCCGACUUCUCCUCCUACAUCCCCAGUAAACUCGCGCAAACCAAGUUCAUGGAGUUCCUUCAUCAUGAACAGCCUGGCAUCCGCACCUUUAGCCUUUUUCCCGGCCUCGUUGCAACAGAUAUGCCGCCAAAGCAGUAUCUAGAGUAUGCCCUUGACGAUCCCAUGCUAACAGGAGGCUUGACACUUUUCCUCUCUACUGAGAGAGCAGAGUGGUUGCGAGGCAGCAUGGUGAGCGUGAACUGGGACUACGAGGAGAUGGAGAUGCACAAGGAAGAGAUUUUGGAAAAGAGGUUGACGAAGUUGGCUUUUUGUGAUGCGAAGUUUGGGAAAGGAGGUCAUCCUUGGGCGACGUAA